CCCACAAAUAUCAAGCGCGGCCCUGAGUCUGAGACUCCUCCAUUGCCAUUAAACCCUUUCUUUCUUUCUUUCUUUCUUUCGUAACCCAAAAAAAUCAACCCAAUGGAAGCCCUCAAGUCCUCCUUUGUCUCCACGACAACCCCUUUCCAAACCCCCCCAUAUUCAAAAUCAAAAUCCUCCUCAAAAACCAGAACCACCACAAUCUUCUUCAGCUCAGUCACACCAGACCCAUGGACUCUCAGCGACGGCAACAACAAAAACAAAAACAUCAUCAAACCAAAACCCAAAUCCAAGAACCCCAAAAACCCACUCUCCGACGACAACGCUCGUCGCAUAAUCAAAGCCAAAGCUCAGUACCUGAGCGCUUUGAGGCGUAACCAAGGCUCGCACGCCCAGACACCCAAAUGGAUCAAGAGGACUCCUGAGCAGAUGGUUCAGUACUUGGAAGACGACAGGAAUGGUCACUUGUACGGCAAACAUGUCGUCGCUGCGAUUCAGCAGGUUCGUAGUCUCUCCGGGAGGCCCGAAGGCUCCUACAAUAUGAGGGUAGUGAUGGGGUCUUUUGUUGCCAAGUUAUCUUUUAAAGAGAUGUGUAUUGUGUUGAAGGAGCAAAAGGGUUGGAGGCAAGCUAGGGACUUCUUUCUUUGGAUGAAAUUGCAGUUAAGCUACCGGCCCAGUGUUAUUGUGUAUACAAUUCUUCUGCGUAUAUACGGCCAAGUUGGCAAAAUCAAGCUUGCUGAACAGACCUUCUUGGAGAUGCUUGAAGCUGGGUGUGAACCAGACGAGGUUGCUUGUGGUACCAUGCUGUGUGCAUAUGCCCGAUGGGGACGCCACAAGGCUAUGUUAUCAUUUUAUUCUGCUGUAAAAGAGAGGGGGGUCAUGCUAUCUAUUGCAGUUUUCAAUUUUAUGCUCUCAUCUUUACAAAAGAAAUCACUCCAUCGAAAUGUUACAGAGUUGUGGAAGCAAAUGGUUGAUAAAGGGGUUGUUCCUAACCAUUUUACUUAUACUGUUGUCAUCAGCUCGUUUGUGAAAGAAGGUCUCGCUGAAGAAGCUUUCAAGACGUUCAAUGAGAUGAAGAACUUGGGUUUUGUACCUGAGGAGGUAACAUAUAGCCUGCUUAUCAGUUCAAGUUGUAAAAAUGGUAACCAGGAUGACGCACUCAGACUUUAUGAAGACAUGAGAUCACGAGGAAUAGUUGCGAGUAAUUAUACAUGUGCUUCUCUUCUAACCCUACAUUACAAAAGUGGGGAUUAUUCUAAAGCUCUUUCCUUGUUUUCGGAAAUGGAAAGAAAUAAAAUUGCCGCUGAUGAAGUCAUAUAUGGCUUACUUAUUAGGAUAUAUGGCAAACUUGGUCUUUACGAAGAUGCCCAGAGAACUUUUGAAGAGAUUGAGAAGUUGGGCCUACUUAGUGAUGAGAAAACAUAUAUAACAAUGGCUCAAGUACAUCUCUACUCGGGGUAUCUAGAGAAAGCUUUGAGUACCAUGGAACAAAUGAGCUCUAGAAACAUUUGGUUUUCAAGAUUUGGUUUUAUUGUCUUGUUGCAAUGUUAUGUAAUGAAGGAAGAUUUGGCAUCUGCUGAAGUUACAUAUGAGGCUCUAUCAAAGACUGGACUUCCUGACACUGGUUCUUGCAAUAACAUGCUCAAUUUAUAUUUGAGACUGCGCUUAACUGAAAAGGCCAAGGAUUUUGUUAUGCAGAUGAGGAAAGAUAAAGUAGAAUUUGAUGAGGAGCUUCUCAAGACUGUUUUGAAGGUAUAUUGCAAGGAAGGGAUGGUAGGAGAUGCAGAGCAAUUGAUAGAAGAGAUGAGUACAGGUGGACACUUUGAGGACAGUAAGUUCAUUCAAACAUUUUCUAUGCUAAUGCAUGGACAAUCAAGGAGACCGAACAAAGCUGAAGACAGCUUAGAGCGCUUGGACCAACCUGUUGCUAUAGCUUUCAAGCUGAUUCUUACUCUGUAUUCAGCUGCUGGGAAUUCCAGUAAGACAGAAGAAAUACUUAAAUUGCUUAUCAAGACUGCUAAUGGCUUGUCUAUAGCCAGUCAGCUUGUUAAUAAAUUGAUCAAAGAAGGCGAAAUAUCAAAAGCAGAAUGUCUUUACAAGCUAUUGAUUGAGCUAGGCCGCAUCCCAGAGCAUGUCACAAGUGCUUCUAUGAUUAGUUUUUAUGGAAAACAACAAAAGCUUAAACAAGCCCUAGAAGUUUUUCAAAUGGCUGCCGGCUCCCCUACAAAUGCAAAACCUUUGUAUAAUUCAAUGAUUGAUGCAUAUGCUAAAAGUGGUAAACCAGAAGCUGCAUACUUGUUUUACAGGGAGGCAUCUGAGGAAGGGCAGGAUUUGGGUGCUGUUGCUAUCAGCAUGCUUGUCAAUGCUUUAAUCAAUGGCGGAAAAUAUCGAGAAGCAGAGAACGUCAUUCAUGGUAGCUUUCGCGACAACUUGGAGCUUGAUACUGUAGCAUACAACACCUUUAUCAAGGCAAUGCUGAAAGCAGGUAAAUUGCAUUCCGCAGCCAGCUUGUAUGAGCACAUGCUUUCCUCGGGAGUUGUUCCAUCAAUUCAGACAUAUAGCAUCAUGAUCAGUGUAUAUGGACGAGGCCGAAAUCUGAAUAAGGCUGUAGAGAUGUUUAACACAGCUCGAAGCAUGGGUGUGUCCUUGGAUGAGAAGGCAUACACCAAUUUGAUAUGCUACUAUGGGAAGGCUGGUAAAGUUCAUGAAGCAUCCUUUCUGUUUGGCAAAAUGCAGGAAGAAGGAAUAAAACCUGGAAAGGUCAGCUACAAUAUUAUGAUGAAUGUGUAUGCUACUGCAGGACUUCACUGUGAAACAAAGGAACUUUUCCUAGCCAUGCAGAAAGAUGGCUGCUUACCUGACUCCUUGACCUACCUAGCCCUUGUUCAAGCGUAUACGUUGGGACUGAAAUACUCAGAGGCAGAGGAUGCCAUUAUUUCAAUGCAGAAAGUAGGAUUUCCUGCUUCCUGUGCUCAUUUCAACCUCUUACUCUCAGCUUUCGUAAAAGCUGGUUUGAUUCAGGAAGCUGAAAGGGUUUAUGGUGAGCUCAUUAGUACGGCCGGUUUAAGUCCUGACCUGGCGUGUUGUCGGACCAUGCUGAGAGGUUACAUGGACUAUGGACAUGUGAAAGAAGGCAUUUCCCUAUUUGAAAGCAUAAGAGAAUGUGUGGAACCAGACAGGUUUAUUAUGAGUGCAGCUGUGCACUUGUACAAGUCGGUUGGCAUGGAACUCAGAGCUGAUCAAAUUUUGAAUUCGAUGGACAGUUUGGCGAUCCCAUUCCUGAAAAACCUCAAGAUUGGAUCAAAGACGAAAGCUCCCCAAGUGUCAGAACUAAUUUAGCAAUGCUCCAUAUGGAAAAGUUGUCUAAAGAUGAACAAGCACUGUAUAUGUGUACCAGUGGUGAUAUGAUUGUAUUUGAGACCGCUGUGUUGCCAAUCAUCCCUGACCUGUUGUGAAGACCAACGACUACUGAAAUGUUUAGAGAUUGGAAAUUUAUUCAUCAUAAAGAUAUUCAAGCUCGAUGAUCUCAGGACUUCAGAAUGAAGCUGAGAUAGUGAUGGUAUGACAACAGGCUCCCACUUUUGCUGUCAUGUUAGCCAAUGGAUUUGGAAGUUUUGCAUUCACUCUGAUUCCCAUUUGUUUUGCUGUCAUGUUAGCUAGCUAAUGGAUUUGGAAGUUUUUGCAUUCACUCUGAUUCCCAUUUGUUUUGAAUGUUCACCUUAUGUGAUGUGGUGAUGGGAGGGGGCUUUGACAAAGAUGAUGUCAUUGUCGAUACUUCCUGCAUAGUGUGCUGCGCAUGCAUUUACAAGCAUGAGCAGCCAGCUUAAUUGGUGGUUGAUUUAUGUGUUCGACCUGGCAGUUGUCAUGGUGAUUUUUGAGGUAUACAUCUAAUUUUUUUCUGAGACAUUUUUGUAUCAGAUGGACAUGUACAGUUAACAAUUAUUCUUCUUUAAUUACAUCUGCAUGUGAUUAGCCACAUCUAAAAUUAGAAAUUACUUUUCUAUUAACGUA